UUCGCCGUAUAUGUUAUUGCAGGAAAUGCGGUAUAUGUAGUUCCUGUUAGUAAGCAUUGCCGUGCAAGGCCAGGAUUUUUUACUAAGAGUAUUUGUUUAUUUACUUGGGAUGCUACAAACGCGUUAUGGCCAGAAACGCAGAAUCCAGAUUCCAUAACUCCAAUUUCUGCUGCUUUUUAAUGUUUUCCUUGCAAUUACCACAGCUAUUAACAGCUGACAUCACGGACAGUGCACUAAUGUCUAGCGCCUUUCCGGCUGGCAGCAGCAUUGCACUCGACGAUUACUGUAACCGAGAAGGACCCGUGAUAACUGCAUCAAAAUACGGUGGAACAUUUCAGUUCUCAAAAUAUCCAUUGAGGAACUGCAACGUUUCUCUAACUGUUGCCGUUGUUCCUGUUAAUCACCGAAAAUACACGUUGUAUGUCAAUGUGAGAGAAUUGCAUAUGCCUCAAACGGACGUCAUUUAUGUAUAUCAGCACCAGACAGUGAGCAACUCCACCAUGCUUAUUUUGUUAAAAGAAAUGUGGACUUGGCGAGACAGUAGUACUUCUACAAAAUACCAGCUUACAAAAAGUGCUGGGCAGUUUCGUACAGCCGCCUUCUCCCACACCACUGCGUUGUCACUGGAGGUCAUCCGAAAUGGGAUUCCGGUGGAGGAAGACCAUCGCGUUGUUUUUGAAUAUACUCUCACAGUCGAUACGCUGUGGGCCAGUGAGUCUCAACAAUGGGUAUAUUGUCCAGCACUAAAAGGAUACGUGUAUGGCGAAUUGGCUUGCAAGAACAAGGACCAUCUGACAUGUCCCACUGCAUUCAAAAACAGUGUUCGGAUACACAAUCCAGCGAUACCUGUUGAAAGUCCUUGCAAAAGCAGGGUAGACAUGUAUUAUGAUUCUUCGCCGGCUAUUCGUGAUACUUUUACUAAAACCAUUGCAGUUGUCCACAAGGCGGAAAAGUAUCGUGAAGAUUUCGAGAGCCCGUCUCUAAGCGGCUGGAGAACCCGCACUGCCACAAAAUCGCUCGGUAUGAACCGCACUAUGCGUUUACGCCCUGAGAAUGUGCAGGUCGCCGAUGGUUUACUACAAAUCCGUGCGGAAGUCAGAUCCGAUAGCUCUUCCCGUCCUUCCUACUACGCUGGCCAAAUCAGUAGUGGAUCUGUCUUCAGCUUUACUUACGGGGAAGUCGUGAUACGCGCCAAGCUGCCGGUGGGUAAUCUCCGCUUCUUGUCGGUUGCAUCCUACUUUCGUCUGGUUGAUCAUCGAUGCGCCUUUGAUGAAUCGCCAGUGUGUAAGGAGCAAGCGAUCUACAUUGCUGAUUUAAUAACGGCUGAUUCAAACCGCGUGGAGAUCGGAGUCAGCUACGGUCCGCCGUCGUUGGGCGAUGUCGCCGACUUUGUAUAUGCCGCCGACAGCUGUUUAGCCGACGGGCAGUUCCACCUGUUUAGAAUGCAGUGGCGGAAAGACCGCAUUACAUGGUUCGUCGAUGAUGUAGAAAUCAAAGCGCUGACAGAUGUGGAAAAAAUUCCGACAACUCGAAUGCAGAUAUUGAUCGAACUAGCGGCGUUCCCGGGAUUCCGUCCGGCCAACAUGACAACAGAGUUGUUGAUUGACUACAUCAUCGUGCGAGAAGAUUUGCCUGAGGGAGCAGAUCUGCAGCUGAAAAUCUGGGCUUCUGUUGGCACGCUCCUAUCGGCUGUACUGCUGUUAUUAGGUUUGCUUUGUUAUUGGCACAGGCGGAUGAAACGUCGGGAAGCUGCCAGUACGUCUGUGGCUGAUGUAAGAGCUGCGACAAACAAGCACAUCACUGAAAUGUACCGUGCAUGGACAAUGCCGGCGACGGUCGCUCGACUAAAAAUUCCAAGACGGGCUUUGAAAAUAGAGAGAAAACUCGAUGAAGGCGAGUUUGGAAUUGUCUGGAAGGGACGAGCAAUGAAGCUGCGGCAAUGCGCUGCACCCAGGACGGUGGCCGUCAAAUGCGUCAAAAAUUUUGCCGAUGCUAAUCAACAUAAGCUGCUUAUGGAGGAAGCUGCCAUACACGGUUCCGUUGGGCGACAUCUGAACAUUGUCAAUCUUCUGGGAAUAGUUUUAGCUGAGCAACUGCAUCUUCUGUUGGAAUACUCACCAUUCGGCAGUUUGCUCAAGUAUCUUCGUGAUCAGGGCAAGCUUUCCCGGAAAUCCGAGGGCAGUGAAUUGCGCUAUGUCAACGCUGCCGUGUGUGACCCAACAACCGACACAGUUGGCUGUGAUCUCCCUACGCCUGCAGAAUAUUCUCUACUUAACCGCGAAUUCAUCAACUUCACAUACCAAAUUAGCCGCGGGAUGGAGUAUCUGGCCCUUCACAGUGUUAUUCACAGAGAUCUGGCUGCUCGAAAUAUUCUGGUUUACGACAACAAGAUUCUGAGAAUCUGUGAUUUCGGAUUGGCCAAACAGAAGUCGGAAUAUUAUAGAAUGGCUGACGCUCAGAAUGCCAAAAUUCCAGCCAGAUGGAUGGCACCGGAGAGUUUACAAGACAGGAUCUUCACAGAGAAAACUGAUGUGUGGUCAUUUGGAAUCGUCAUAUGGGAAAUGUUUUCGUUCGGCAAGGUUCCUUAUCACGACACUUUCCGUCAAAUUGCGCUCCAAGAGUUCACGUCAGCACUGCAUGAAGGCCUGAGACCUGUAGCGCCACCAAACUGUCCGGAAGAGGUGUGCAAAAUUAUGGAACAGUGCUGGAGAUAUGACGCUGCGCAGAGGCCAAGUUUUACCUCGUUGGUUCAGACUAUUGAAACGCUUGUUGACCGCGACGCUCAAAACCAUUACGUGCAAUUAAACCAACCAUACGUGAUUUUUAAUCAAAACAACUGUGCAGCGCCUAAUCUACUGGAAACGGACAGAUGAUCUUUAGCUUACCGCAAUAACAUUUUUUUGAAAACCUUUGUACUAGUAUUUUCCAUUUUUUUCUUACAACAUUUUAUAGGGUUUGCCGGUCAAGGGAUAAUUAAAUCUGUUGCACUGCACUUUAAGUGUGGAUCAUAUUGCUAAGCUUGGAGGAAAAAUAUAAUUGCCGGACAUUAUUUUGCGCUUUGUGACUCCGUUCGUUGCUGUUUCCGGUAGUUGCCUUAAGCUUAUUUCCUCUAUCUAAUGAAUGCCGACUAAUAAGUUUUUAUUUCAACAGAUUACCGAUAUUUUGCCCGAAAUAUAGUUGGUAACUGUAAAUUAAGCAAAAGAAUGGCGUGCAGAAUUUAGUUAAU